UAGCGGUGGUGUAGCUCGCGUUGUGUAUUAUCUUGGUGCGUGUGUAUGGAUAUAAGGCGAUAUGCCGGUGGGGAGUGCUCUAUACUUUCUGAUAUCAUUCGAAGUGGAGGCGUGUACACAGUCGACACUUAGUAACUCUAGCCUUUUUCAACAAAUUUUCACGAACUACAUUGAGGAAGUCAGCCGACAUGGAUCUCUACAGCAUUAAGAGCAACAUCCAGUACGCCACCCUAAAGACCCUAUCGCUGAUGUCCAUCAGCGUGAUGUCUCCACAGCAAAGCGUCCAGGAACUGUUCCGUACAGCUGACUGCGUCUGCUUCGAUGUGGACUCCACGGUCAUAAAGGAUGAAGGCAUCGAUGAGCUGGCCAAGUUCUGUGGAAAAGGAGAUGAGGUUAAGAGGCUAACUGCUGAGGCGAUGGGCGGCAGCAUGACCUUCCAAGAAGCCCUGAAGAAGCGCUUGGACAUCAUCAGACCAAGCGUUAGCCAGAUUAAAGAAUUCGUAGAAAAAUUUCCAGUGCAACUUACACCUGGUAUUUCACAAUUAGUAAAAGAGCUACACGAAAGGGGAGUGGCGGUGUACCUGGUUUCAGGCGGAUUUAGAAGUCUAAUAGAACCAGUAGCUGAACUACUCAACAUACCAAAGAAUAAUAUAUUCGCCAAUAGGCUCAAAUUUUACUUUAAUGGUGAAUACGCUGGUUUCGACGAGAACGAACCGACAUCCAGGUCUGGCGGCAAGGGGCUAGUGAUCAGGAGGCUGAAGGAGCAGCACGGCUACCAGAGACUCAUCAUGAUUGGAGAUGGCGCCACUGACGCGGAGGCAUGUCCGCCCGCCGAUGGCUUUAUCGGUUUCGGUGGCAAUGUUGUUCGAGAGGAAGUGAAGAAAAGGGCGUCCUGGUACGUCAUCGACUUCACCGAUCUCAUCCAGAACAUUAAAAUUCAAAAAUGAGCGUCUUACCAACACAAAUUGCCUGUGCAUUUGUCAUGUAUCUAGUGCCUUGACGUAAGAUCUGUUUUCGCGUAACAACGUGUCAGAUGCGAGAUGUCUGUAACCCCUCAAACGUAAUAUUAUUGACUUUGGUCUGAUUUAAUCUAAAAUUUUAUAGUUUAUUUUUAAUAUAUUCGUUAUGAAGUUAUUAUAUAGAAAGAUAUAAAAGUAAAGUAUUCAUAAUGUACAUAAAUUAUAUUAACGGGAUUUGACCGACCCAAAUGACUUUAUAAAACACCGCAAAUACUACAGUCUGGCUGCGAUCACGGCGACUGCAAGGACAUUGAAACGUCAGUAUCACUUAACGUAACUUUUUUAUUUAAAUAAAAAAGGUUCGUGUUCAAAGUCCCGUUAAUAUAAUUUAUGUAGUUAUGUGUUCAAAGCGCGAAAGUUUGAAAAACUCUAUACAUAAUGAGUUUAAAAUUAAAAAAAUAUAUAUUUUUAAAUCGGAUUAUUUUAUAUGUUUAAUAGACAUGGUGCUUAUGUAACUUCUAAUUAUGUACAAUUCACGAGAACGAGGUGUAUUUUUGAUUGUGCAUUUAUUCAAAUGUUUAAUUUUUUUGAUACAUUUGACAAUGUGAUGGUACUCUGAGUACAAGUUUUAUUGUUAAGUAUUUCGGAACCUAGUUCCGUAUUUUUAGAAGAAUUUUCUAAAAAAAAUAUGAUAACUGUGUACAUAGUUUUUAAAAUAAAAAUAACUAAAAUGUAUAUUAUAUUAUGUUGUUGUUAUAGCGGCACAAAUAUAUCAUCUGCGAAAAUGUCUACUGUCUAUCUGGUUUAUGAGAGGCUGUAUCUCAUAAAGCCUGAUUGGCUGAUGACAUAUGGACGGACAGAAGGACAGACAGCGGAGUCUUAGUAAUAGGAUCCCGUUUUAUCGUUUGCAUAGUAGGUUAAUUUAUAUUUAUACGAUUAAUAUGAUUAAUUUAUUUAUAGUUCAUAUUGUGGAGGACAAUAGUUAAUUGUAAAUUAAUUCAAAAUGGCUGUGUACUUCUUAUGUUUAAGGAAUAAAUGAUAAGUGUGUUAA